GACACUGGGGCUGUAGUAUUUGAUAGCAGCAUGGCCCCUCCAGCACUCCUCCUUGUAUUCUCAGACCCAGGAGAUAAAGUAUCAGAAUCCGAAUUCCAGGACUGGUACGACAGCGAACAUGUGCCUUUGCGAAUCGAUAUACCGGCAUUCAAGAGUUGGAAACGCUUGAAGGCAUUCAAUGACCAAACCCCUCCGUGGGCCGCCAUAUACGACCUCACAUCAUUCGAGGAUACUCAGAACCCUCCUUACACCACUCUCGCCGAGACACGUAGUGAGAGGGAGAAAGAUAUCUUAUCGAAGCUCAAGCUCCUUGACAGGCGCAUAUAUGAGCUGUACCAAGGUGCUCCCAUUCAUCCUCCCUCGCCGUCCUUCCAUGAGAAGACUUCUGCACCUUACGUUGCUUUCAUCUUGGUCGACGUAAAGCCGGAGGCGGAGGAGGAAUACAAUAGGUUCUAUGACGAAGAACAUAUUCCAUUGUUAUCGAAAAUUCCAGGGUGGCUGAGGAGCAGAAGAUUUGUACUGAAGGAUUGGGCGAGGACUGGAACGGGGGUUCAGAAGGGUGAGAAGGCCCCACCGAAGUAUCUUCUGGUGUCCGAAUAUGCGCACUUUGACGGACAACACAGCGAGGAGUUUAAGCAAGCCAUGAACACGCCAUGGAGAGAGAAGAUAACGAAGGAGCUGGAAGUCUUCGAAAGACGCUUCUAUACCCAUUACAAGAGUUGGGAGAGAGAGUAGACGUCUGGAUAUACGAUUAAAUGCCGAGAACCCUG